AGAGUUAAGUACCCAUCAUUUUCCCCCUGCGGCCAUCGCGAUCGCCUGCUAGCUCACAGAGUAUAAUAUAUAGGUACAUGUAUCUUGGUACAAUAUCUAUCCAUCUACAGGUAUCUCAUCUCAUCCCAUCGCUGAGUACCUGUAGCGUACGCCAAGCUAAUACAGAAUACAGAAUAGCACACGCACUUUCAAUUUCCGUCGUCAGGCUUACGUCUUUUCCGCUUCGUCGCUGCCUUUUUUUCUGCCCUCCUCGUACACAAAACAACGAAUCUAAUCUCGGCAACUCGAUACAUCUUCUGUUCAGUGAUGCUGGCAAGACGUUGUUUUGCUGGACCGUAGUUGUAGUUGUAGUUGUUGUUGUUAUUGUUAUUGCUAUUCUUGUGUCGUGAAAAUGUUUGUUCAGUUUUUCACCUUGUUAUUGGCUCUGUGUCAUCAAACCAUAUUAGCUCAUCCGACUGAUGUACGUUCAGAAAAACCUCUUUUCGUACCCACCUUUAAUUAUCCAACUCUGGUGCAUUUUAAUCCAUUAAGCUACGGAGGUCUGGAAAGUGCAUCUCUGUACCCUCAAUAUGCUCCAGCGUACGGUCACGAAUACUGGGACUCCCUUCAGCGCCAAUUCCCCUAUCAAGACACCGAGAAACGUUUAGAAGGUUUCUUAUACGCGGGUAAGACGAAAAAACAACCACCUGUACACGACCAUAACGAAGACGAGUACAAACAAAAACUCAAUAAACUUUCCUUAGACGAGAUCAAGCCAGACUUGGACGACUUGGACUUGAAAUUCAAACGCAGCUUGACCUAUACUUCAUGGUCACCUCCAACUCUAUCAUCGACUAACAACCUGGACGACCGAGUUCAACCAUCGGCCUCUCGAUCCGUUCCUUUCGGCCCGUACACCACUUGGUUGCCUUUGGAAGGCCCUCUGGUAGGAUACGGCAGCGGAUCUCCGCAAACCAUCAACGCCAAAUCAACCAAAGGAGCCAGUUUGAAGAAGACCAAUCGUCGUCGUCGUCGUCGCGAAGUCAUCUACGCCGAUAAAGGUGACCAUUUGACUAUCCCUCCGCAACCUUUAUUCAUCCACCAAGACUAUAUUCCAGUACCGAUCGCCUACUCUACGCCUAUCAUACGAAACGUACCAAAUACCGAAGACAAUGCCGCCGUAGUCAACGAUGUUUACCCUGCUGUAGCUCACGUCGCCGCCGUCUCACCGUCGCAUAAUUUUUACACCGGUAAAAUAGCCGCCGCAUUGAAGGUAAUAGCGCCCAGUACCGAUCAAGAUAUCUCCCAUAUUUCGUAUAAUCUCGUCCGCAAGAAGUAAGAGCGUCGAUUGAUCGAGCACGAACAGCAGAAGGGUAGAAAUUAUUACUACGAUCUUUUAUGCAUUUAUUAUUUUUCUUAGGUAAUUACGCGAAUAUUUUCUUUUUUCCUACUUUGUCGAAUAGAAGGGAAGUUUCAUAUUAGCGAAUAAAAAUCAAUUCGCGAUUAUACGUACAAGCUAUUGCUUCAUUUUUUUUCCUCUUUUUUUUACAAAUAAAUGUUUUUAAAUUUAUCUA